AAAAAAAACCCAGAAGGAAAAAAACAAAUCGUUUAUAUUGUGAUACAAAAAGAUAGAAAAUGUAAUAGUGUUACUUGGAAUCAAUGAGUAGUACAAGCACUUGUUCUUUAUAAAUCAUAUAAGAUACUUGUUUCAUAAAAAAUGUCGAAGGAAAUGACAAUUGUUUUUGUUUAUGAUACCAGUAAAAGAGAUGAUUUUGAGGAUCCUGUUAAAUCUGUAAUUUAUUUUCACCCUUCUUGGGUGUCUGAAAUGCAGAAGUUGCUACUAUGCGGACAAAUAAUGGGAACAGUGCAAUUUUUGAAUGAAACUUUUAGUAAGCCCCGUUCGAUUUCAUUACAAAGUGGAAAAUUUGCUAUAAAAUCAUUUGGACGGUUCUUCUUGGCUGUUGGUUCGGAUCGAAAUAUAUCGGAGGACAUUCUCGAGCAUCGGGCUAACUUUCUAUACACGUUGUUAAAACUAUAUCACAGUGACUUGAACGCAAUUUACGAACAAAUAAAUUCAAACGAUAAACAAGCCAAAUACGCGGAUAAAAUAUACACAAUUCUGGAAAGCUACUUACCUUUGUUACAGUGUAACGGGAACAUAUUCCAGAAUGUAUCAAGUUUGAAAAUACCAAAAAGCGCAAGCAACUUUUAUUUGGAGACAUCCCAAAUUUUGCAGAGUUUUCAACAAGUCAAAGGAGUAUUAGGAGGAACUAUGUUAUAUCAUAACAAAGUUGUUGCCAGUCAGUUACCAGACAGUCUCACGAAAAUGUUCACGUUGUCCGAUUUAUAUCGUCUGAAAUCAUCCGAGUACAUUGCUGCUAAUUAUCACAUUCCUGUAGGGGUUACCCUAAUCAAUGCUUAUAUUUCGACGAGCGACUACGCCAAGCUCCUGCGAACUUCUACCGAAGCAUACAACUUGUUAGUCAAUACUAUGGAGAGAGAUACAUUCACAUUCCAAUUGCGAAGAAAAUCAUUCUCAAAAGACUCACAUUCAUUGAUGAAACGAGACAAGUCGCUGAUUUUCACUAACAUUCCGGAAGAGGAUAUGGAGGAUACAAAUGGAUCUGUAAAAUUAAUCAACAAGAAGAAAAACAAUAGACCGACGAAUUUGCCACUUUUCUUCAAAAAUCAGACUGCUCUGGAGACCACUGAGUCGGGAUUUAAUUCUAUAAAUUUUGAUGACUCUGAUAGCUUCCCCAAUUUCAUCGGCAAAACUAGUGUGUGUUCUACACCGAUGACGGAGAACAAACUUUUAUCACACAGUAACGUGUUAUCAAUUUGUGCUGUAAAUGAGGAUGCAAAGAAACUAUCUAAUUACUUCAAUCUAGAACACGAAAAAUCGUUAACAGAUAAUCAGACAGAAGAGAAGAUUGAUAUCUUGAAACAUAAACAAGAAGAGCAAUUUAACACAUAUUUUAACAAUUUCAUCAGCAAACCUCAUUUUCUCAAAGCUAGAAGUACUUCUUCAUCGAGUCUUGGUGAAAUUAGUGUUUCCAUGGAUUCACAUGGAUCUGAAAAUAAAAAUGAAAGGAAUAUACCCAGACUAAAGACCCUGACGCACAAUGAUUUUUGCAAAAGUGUAGCCGAUCCGAUUUAUCCUAUUUUUAGCACUAAUGGUAAGGCUGUAUCCUACAGUGUCUUCAAAGAGUUACUAGAAGUUCAUUACAAUAAUUUGAUAAGUUGUACCGAUAAUAAUCCACCGAAAAGGAUAAUUGAUUCGAUAACACAAGAAAAUCCACCCGGGGAAAUAAUGAAAACAACUUUCAACGAUCCAACCGGAAACGAUAGACUGCAAACCACCGUAAAGAAUAGGAGCGACUUGUUUUUGCCUAUUAAAACAAUGAAUUCAGAUGGCAAAUUCUCCGGAAGAACGCAAACCAACAUAUUUGAACCUCCUGCACACUGUAGAAAAAUGACGAACUUGCAGUUGACACCAUUGAUGUCUAAGCUUACAUUCAUCAAUAGUAACAAUGAUUUACAGUCUAGUGGAUUCUCCAGCAAUGAUACAACACCUGGAAACUUCAAUAUUCUAGCAACACCACUCGAAUAUCAAACGAAACGAAAAAAAUCAAAAAAUACUGCUAUUCAAAGUGCAACCGAAAAUCUGUUGGAGCAAGAUGUAACCAAGCCUGUGAAAGUAGAAUUGUUCGUGUGCGUACAGCAGAACAUGACACUCGUUCUGGUGCUGCAGGAUAAAAGCUGCGAGAAAGAGGAAAUAAUCAAUACGCUGUUCGAGACCUGCGUAUCAAAGUUGCCUCGAAUAGAGAAUAGUUUGCACCAAGUGAUGAGUAUCAAUGUCGAAGGCUGCGAUAAAGGAGAUGGUAACUAUAGCUUUAUAAGCUUAGAUUGCAAAUGGGACGUGAAGAACAGAUGUGGACCGUGGAUACCGAAUGAUCUGUUGACGUUGAACUAUUUACAUAAUAACUUUCGCUAUAAUCAUAAACUGAUAGAAUGUAUCUUGAAGUCUCAGGAUACUGUUAUUUAUUCUUACCGUUGUGGAAGAACCGAGAUAUAUUAUCAACAAUCAUCUGUGGUACAUCCCGGACUACCAAUCCCUCAAGAUGUCAUGGGGACCGUUGCACUAUGUGCAAAGCGUAGACUUGAACGAGAUCACGGAAUUUUAUUGCUCUAGAUGAUAAACAAAAUAGUAGGACUUUAUAAUCAACUUCUCAAAAACGUUCUCUGAAAAUUGGAAUUUGUUACAUUUAUGUGCUAAAAUUAUGCUAAACACGGAAAGUGCAAUAGAAAAAAACACGAUGUGCUAGUUUCUUUUCAACCUAAUUCGAAUAUGUCAAUAUUUAUGACAGCAUUAUGUACCCCUCAUAAUGUUUUUAAAUCUUAUCAUAAACAAAUUUAUGACUUCCUACAUGUUUGGUUAUAACCAAACGAAAACAAUGUCUAUUUCUGUCGAAAUUAAUUUCUGUGAACAAACAAAACAUUCCAAUAGAAGUUUUUUGCAUGUUUGUCAUUUGGCAAGAUUGUCGUAAUUACAUACUGUUUGUUGGUCAAAUAUUGUACUAAAAAGAGGCUAUACGAGAUAGUGGUAGACUGAAA